AUGAAGCGGUUCGGCCAAAGAGUCGGGGGCUCAUUCCCCAAGGCGCAGCUCUCGCGAGGCAAGGACGCCAGCAAGUCCUCCAAGAAGAAUAAGGAUUCCAAGGACGGGACGUCGUCUCCUUCGUCCCGAGACUCUGCCAACCAGUCGCCCGUCCUCACGCCCACCUCGUCCACCUCGACGCUCAAUGACAUCCGCAACAAGCCGCUCCCCCCAAAUAGCGCUCCCGGCGGAGGAGACCACGGAGCUCCCAACCAACCUUCCAACCUGUCAAACGUUGCCCAGCAAGGCAGCGUCCCCGAUCGCUUCGGCUCCAUGGGCGGGGCGUCGAGCCCCAACGGCGGCAGUGCCAAUGCGAGGCUACCUCCCACGGUGGUCAUCAGUCCAACUCCUGGCCAUAUUCCCCCUCCGGGUGCCGCCGAAACCAUGCCCCACGAUCUCGCUCCGCCCAAGGCUGGCCAGAAGUCGCUGCUGAUCCAUCGGGGCAUCGAUAAUCGCGACGCCAUCCCCGAAGGCUUGCGGACACCGAAGCGACAGCACUCCUCGCGAUUUGACAUCUCGGCGCACAGAGAGUUGGAGAAGCUUCCCGGCUUCCACGAGGUGCCUCCCAACCGGCGGCAGGAACUGUUCAUGCAAAAGAUCGACCAGUGCAAUGUCAUCUUCGACUUCAACGAUGCCAGCGGCGAUAUGAAGGCCAAGGAAAUCAAGCGGCUUGCACUCCAUGAGCUUCUCGACUACGUGGCCAACAACAGGCAAGUCAUCACGGAGCCCAUGUACCCGCGAGUCGUCGACAUGUUCGCCAAGAACCUCUUCCGACCGAUUCCGCCACCCGUCAAUCCCCAAGGAGAGGCAUUUGAUCCGGAAGAAGACGAGCCGGUUCUCGAGGUCGCCUGGCCGCAUAUUCAAGUGGUCUACGAGUUCUUCCUGCGCUUUAUCGAGAGCCAGGACUUCAACACCAACAUUGCCAAGGCGUAUAUCGAUCACAGCUUCGUGCUGCAGCUGCUGGAUCUCUUCGACUCCGAGGAUCCACGAGAGCGAGACUUCCUGAAGACGACCCUCCAUCGCAUUUACGGCAAGUUUCUUAACCUCCGAUCCUUUAUCCGCCGCUCCAUCAACAACGUCUUCUUCCAAUUUACCUACGAAACCGAACGAUUCAAUGGCAUUGCGGAGUUGCUAGAGAUUCUCGGGUCCAUAAUCAACGGCUUUGCCCUGCCGCUGAAGGAAGAGCACAAGAUCUUCCUGACCCGCGUGCUUCUUCCUCUGCAUAAGCCAAAGAGCCUGAGCAUGUAUCACCCUCAGCUGGCCUACUGCAUUGUCCAGUUCCUGGAAAAGGACGCAUCUCUGACGGAGGAUGUCGUCCUUGGUCUACUGCGAUACUGGCCCAAGGUCAAUAGCACCAAGGAGGUCAUGUUCCUGAACGAAGUAGAGGACAUUUUUGAGGUCAUGGAUCCCGCCGAAUUCGCCAAGGUCCAGGAGCCUCUGUUCCAUCAGCUGGCCAAGUCAGUUGCUAGCCCGCAUUUCCAGGUCGCCGAGCGCGCAUUGUACUUCUGGAACAACGAAUACUUUUGCAACCUCGUGAGCGACAACGUCGAAAUCAUCCUGCCCAUCAUGUUUGCUCCACUUUACGAGAAUUCUAAAGGACACUGGAACAGAACCAUUCACGGCAUGGUGUACAAUGCCAUGAAGCUCUUCAUGGAAAUCAACCCACAGCUUUUCGACGACUGUUCGCACGACUACACGGAGCAGCAGAACAGUGCGGCUGAACGGGAGGCGUUGCGAGAGCGCAAAUGGGCAGCACUCAGCGAAAAGGCCGAUCAGCGACGGGCGUCGCUGGGCAACAGCGUCGGCGAGGUACCACCCCGUGCCCAGGGGAGCUCUUUGCCGCGCGUUGAUGAAGUCGAUCCGGCAACCGAGGACAACCAAAAGAGGCUCGAUUCUCUGAAGCUUCAGGAUGCUGGCCGUCGCCCAGCCGGCCAUGAGCGCCAAAGCUCUGUCGGCUCUACCCGAAGCAGAUGA